AUGGCUCGAGACGAGGUUAAGAGAGACAGAGAGACUCAAGAUAGUCGAGAAAAUAGUUCAAAGAGGCAUCGGGAACGUCCCUAUGACAUUCACAGUCCUCAAACUAGUUCAAAUCACCAUCAAGGCUUCCGAUCACUAUGUGUUCGAAAAAUAUCUCUCAAUUAUGAUGCGGAUUACGUACAAGCGCAAUUACGCAAAGCCUUCUCGUCUUUCGGAGAUGUGGAGGUCCGCACAUUCAAAUCUUCUGAUCGGCGCCACUCAAGUGAUGCCUAUCGCGCUUUCAAAAACAAAAGCCAAGUUUACAUCGGUGAUCGAUCAUUUAAUACUGAAAUCUGGGACGAAAGGGAAUCCCUAAUCCGAGGAAUAGGAGGAAGAUAUGAACAACCAAAUUCGCCCCAUCAGCAUCAUGGACCUUCCCUUUCAAAACCUAAUUCAUCCUCCUUUCAUCGUUCCUCUGAUUUUGAUGAUCGAUCACGUUCUCCGAUUCGUUCAUCUAACCGUCGUCCCCAUAACUACAGCCGUGGUAACCGUCCAGAUUCCAUGGAAUAUGAACCUUUGAACGAUCCAAAAGCGACUCGAACACUCUUUGUGGGAAGCUUAGAGCCUGAUAUUACAGACGCCGAAGUUCGGGAUGCCUUCGAGCGAUGUGGCGGUGUCGAGCAAGUCGAUGUUAAACACCCAAAUACUUCCCAUGCAUACGCCUUCGUUCGUUUUGUAAAUUUAGACAUGGCUAUUCAAGCUAAAAAUAAAAUGAAUGGAAAUAGCAUCCGUUUAUAUCAUUGCAAAAUUGGAUAUGGAAAACCGCUCCUUUCUAAUGUCCUCUACAUUAGCGGCUUGGAUAAUUGGAUAGAUGCUGAAGAGCUGGAAUGUUUUCUUAAUCAAUUUGGAAUUCUAGUUAAGCUGGAAUGGCAGUACAGGCAAAAUUACGCUACAGCUACCUUUCAAAGCAUAGAAGUAGCGGAGGAAGUUAAUCAACAAUUGAAGAACCUCGCUUCUCGAAAUCCAGAUCGAAGACUCAUGGUGGAUUUCAUAGAGGGUGAACUGAUGAAGGAAGUGAUACCACCUCCUCGUCAAUCUUCUUUAAUACCUGUUCCAAAUCCAUUCCCUAUUGUACAAGAGUUGAUCCCGAACCUUAGAACGAACCCCCUUGCAUUUUCCAAUCAGUUUGUAACGACAGCUUUUGAUCUUAUGCGAGGUAAUGUUGACCCAAAUCCCGCACUAUUUCAGAGCAAUCCUUCUGCUGAAGAUAUAAGACAGAGAAGGAACCCUCUUCGGCAGAUGGAACCAUUGAAUCGUACCAACUCAUUGACACGUCCUCCGCAAGUGCAACCUUCAUUACGAUUUGGUCGUGGUGAUUCUCCAAUUGACAGUUUUCUCCGUCCAGAUAUGUCGGAUCUCAGUGAUCCGGUUCUCUCUUCCAUUACCGCUAUGCCAGAUCUGGAAUCAUUUCUCCGACCACACAUUUGGAGUGCUAAACUCUUCACAAAAAAGUCUCUUUUUCAGUUUCGUUGUUUUCAUGUAGUUGGAGAUGAAGCUCUCUCAAAGGAAAUUUUAAAGUGUCCGCCUUUUGUCUCAGAGGAUGGCGAUGUAAGUUUUCAGAUGCCCCAUCAGGCUCGUACUGAAGCAACAUGGAUGGCUGACGCUAUUGAGCAGAUUGGAAAGGCUCUGGCAGAUUCCUCAAGCUCUUCUCCACCUCCCUUCUCGAUUUUGUUGGCUCUGCAGAAAUGUCAAGAAUCGGAGGACUGUAGUUUGGUGAUAAAAAAUGAACCCAAGAACCGGCCGGUAACUUGUCUUGUUUCUUAUCUACGCAUUAAACAGAGAGCCGGUUUCUUAGUCCCGCUCUCCGGCGGUUCCAUCGAUGCUUCAAAGUACACUAUUCUGCUUCUCACUCCAAGUAGUUUUGCCAUAAGUUUGCUCAAGUUUUCUGCUCCCAGAUUGUCUUCUAAUCUUGCAUUUGUGGAUGACUUUUUAGUGCUUCUUUUACUUCGAAAUUGA